GGCUAACAUUUAUAAUAAGUUCCUCGCAAAUUCGUAAGAUAGCAUCAAUUUUAGACACUUCAAACUUUGUCUCCUGUGUCACUGUAUGUAUUAUUUGCAUCAAAUUUUCAUUACUCUAUCAACCAAGUACCAACCGUGCAGAGAAAAUUUACACAUUUUUUGAAAAUUUGAACAAUUAAUAUUUUAUAAUUUGCAUUACAAUAUCUAAUAAAAAAAUUAGAAAACAUAGUAACCAAUAAUAGUAGUCUAAAAUAUUAUUUGUUCUUGUCUUAGAAGUCAAUGGUUAGUGCAUAGUGCAGUCAGGUCAAAAUACACCGACUAUUCAAUGCAAUCCACCCACGAGGCCACGACCCACCCGCAAAUAAGUGCGCGCGGGCAGGAAACUUAUCAAAACCCGCAGUCCACUCGCCCCACUAUCAUUCGAGUCAUUUAUGAGUGUUUCGAUGUCAACCCACAGAUUAACCACCCAAGUGCCCGUCGCAAUACCGGUGAAACCAGUUUAGCCAGGAAUUAGUUUCCAGAACGUAAUCCCUACCGAAAUUGUUAAUCCAUUUACCUUUAGUUUAUGUCGAUAAUCCCCCGAGUGUCCAUUUUCGCUACGAUUUUCGGAGACAAGACAGCAGAAGAGUUGAUAAUCCAAUAAGACGGACAGCCUCACGGGUUAAUUAUAUGCGCCGGCCAAAAUUUCCAUCACAUUGCGUGGAAUGAUUGACCGAAGACCAAGCAAUGGCAAUGGUCACAAUCAUAUAUAUAUAAAAAAGCAUGUAUUUGUGUGAAAAAAAAUUAUACCGUUGCAGAAGCAAUUGCAGCUGGUCUCGAGUUUCACCGGCGCUACCGAAAUGUCUCGUCGCCGUAUGGCAGUUGCAGUUCUGUUGACGAUCAGCUGGGCAAUGAUGAUGAUGAUACUGAGUUGCAGAGCUGAUGAGGUGGACACGACUUUAGGGUUCACAGAUCUACCAUUCAACACUUCCUACUACCACCUCCACAAGCCAUACGACCUGCCGGAGAGCCAACGCUACAGCUUCACCGGCGGAGUCCACCGGCUCUGGGUCUACGCCACCGACCAGCCGUACCGCAGAGGCAGCCCUACCAAGCCCAGAACCGAGCUCAUGAUCAAUGGCUACAUCUACGAUUCCGGGAUAUGGCAGAUCGAAGGGCAGGCGUUCGUGCCCAACGGAACCAACGGGGCGUGCAUCUUGCAGGUGUUCGGAGGUAGCGGCGAGGUGGGACGUCGGACGACGCUGAUGCUGAGAGUGUACAACGGUUCGCUGACGUAUUACAGAUCGCCGGUGCUAGUUCCGAACAAUAUUUUCGACCGGUGGUUUCGGGUGAACGUGAUCCACCACGUGGCGGCGGCGGUGCUGGAAGUGUACGUCGACGGGGUGCUCCUCUACCAGGCGCCUGGCCGCGGCGGGACGAAGCAUUUCUUCAAGCUUGGGGUUUACGGGCAGGACGACAUGUCGUAUUACAUGGAGGCUCGAUGGAAGGACGUCCGGAUUCUCUACAAAAACGCAACGGCUUCGAUUUAAUAAUUAGUGCUUCUCUUUCCAUGUUCACUCCUUAUCAGAGUCGUAUAAGUUAAGUUAUUUUCGUAUUAGUGUUAGAGUUAUACAAUAUUACUCAUACUACCCGUACUCUAAUAAGAAGUAGCUAGAGAAAUGUUUAGUAUCUAGAAGCCGUUUAGUAGUUUUCCACUAACGAAGCACCUAAAUUCAAGACCAGUGGUUGUGUAUACUUGUAUUUGCCAUUGUCGUAAUAGGAAUCAAACAGAAUCAACCGUCGGGCCAGUAGAGUCACUAAAUCAGUGACCAUAUACAGAGGUUCGGUCAUUUGAUUGGAUAUUAUUGAGAAAUGGAACGAACGGUUUUACAUAAAAUAAUGAAAAUUUACGGAGAUAAUUAUAUGAGUAAUAGUGUGGGUUCAUAUUAAAUAGUGAAAAAUCAUGCCUAUCAUUACAACGUAAUGUUCUAUUUGAGUUUUUAUCAUUGUUCAUUUAGAUUAGAUUUUACCUACUUCGAUUAUGUUGGAUUCAGACGGAUAUUGCAUAAUAUAUGGUAGAUAUUUUUGCCAUGGAUUAUGUGAAAGGUUAGGAAAAGGAAGGGGAGCAGCUGUAGGAAAUGCAAUGAGGACUACAACAAUGCCCCUAUAUGCUAAGUCCUAGGGAUGAGUUAGUGUGGUUACUAAAUUUUUAGUAAUUACGGUGGCUACCUUAAUCUACACCAUUCAUUAUUUCUUUUUCAUCCUAUUUUUAGAUUAAUGAUGAAGAUUAUAUUAGGGUAAUUUUGGAAAUAAAAAAUAUACCACACUUGAUUAUUCUAUAAAUUAUAUCCAAACCCUAACCCUACUGCAACCGGCAGCCUAUCACCAAGCUCCCUCUCGCCAUCCCUCCUCCCUCCCCGGAACACCCUCCACCGCCCUCUCUCCCCAAAACCCCCCACCACCGUCGGCCACCCUCCUUCCCCUCCCACCACUCUCGCAUGAUCCAUGAUCUCCCAUCCCUCCUCAUUCCCUCCCCCUUCACAGAUGGCAACAACGUGGAGGUAGCUUGGUAGGCCGGCCAACCUCUCUCUCAUUCCCUCCCUAUCUCUCUAAGACGCAAGAUCCGCAACUCCCCACCACGGCGCUCCUCAAUUCUACCCUUCCCCGACCUGCAUUACCCUCUCUCUCUCGUUCGCUCUGAAAAUCUCUCUCUCUUUUUCUUAUGUGCAGUGGUAUAGAUUUAAAAACCUAGAUCUAGUAAUUUUUGUUCAUUGAUUCAAUGUGCAGUGGUAUAGAUUGUUUAUAUUGGUAGUUUUCGUGUAAUGGUAUAGAUUUAUUUCUGCAAUGGUAUUGACUGUUUAUGGUAUAGAUUGUUUAUAUUGGUAGUUUUCGUGUAAUGGUAUAGAUUUAUUUCUACAAUGGUAUUGAUUGUUUAUGGUAUAGAUUGUUUAUAUUGGUAGUUUUCGUGUAAUGGUAUAGAUUUAUUUCUGCAAUGGUAGUUUUCGUGUAAUGGUAUAGAUUUAUUUAUGCAAUGGUAUUGAUGUUUUUCAAAGUGGUAGUGUUUGUCUAACGGAUUGGUACUGAUUCCGUUUUUUUUUUUUUCCAGAAAGAUUGAGAAAAAUAUGGAAAGGAAAUCUGGCUGGAGAUUACAGAAGUGAGAGAAAGAGAGAAUUUUAAUUAAUAGAUUUUUGAAACUACCUAAAAUGUAAUUUAUUAAAAAAUUAAUUAAUAUAAUUUAUUUUUCCAUACCCAAUUUACCCUUGUAACCAUGGUGAUUACUACUUUUGUAGUAAUCACCGUAACCUGUCCCCUAAGUCCUAAGAUCAAGACUCCUUACAGCUUGCAAGCAAGAUAAACUUGAUGCAAUUUU